AUGCCGUGCCACCGUAUCCCCCGUCACGAGCGACCAAAGAUUCUGUCGCAACGCGACGCGACGCGAAGGAGAGCCGAAGAACGGCCAAAAAAUGGGAAGGUGUCCGGUCACUUCUGGCCUCUGUUGGCUCUCAAAGAUCUGGCCUCCCCAGCCGUACGGUGCCUCUCAUGGAGCCGACGCCUGCGGGAUGAGAGUGACUGGGCUACCUGGAAGCCCUUCAAACUGGGGUCCACGGAAUGUGAGGAAUGUGCAAAAGCCCAAAACAAGGUGAGACGGGCCUCCUCUUUAUCGCUUUUUGUGGAGCCCUCCUGCGACUUGGCGAAAGUGGCCGGGGGUGGAAUUUCGGUGCCCAGAUCUCCCGAAGAGGAAGCAACCACGGCGGAAGCCUCACCUUACGCGGGGGCGACCGAGCUAUGUGCGGAGCGCCUGGUGCUGGCGCUGGAGUUGGUUCUGGACAAAUACAAAGUCCUCGCGAGGAAUGUGACGCUGCGGGUGGAGAGCCUCGAGCGGGCAGUGCUAGACCUCCGCGAGGGGGCGCACAAGAGCCGUCACCGGCCGAAGCAUGGGGACAACGGAGAUCAUGAACACCAUGAGGAAGUUCCACAUCAUGGGGAAGUUCCACAUCAGGAAGGGGACAAAGAAGGUGCGGCUGACAAAGACCCUGAUGCCAACCUGCCCCCGGAGGAAGCUCCUGCAGAGGCUCCUUUCCCCUUCGAUGAUGAACCUGAAGAGACGGAAGAAGAGAGAGCCAAGAGACAGGAGGCGGAAGAAAAGCUCCAAAAGGAGAUGAUUUUCUUCAAUCAGAGCACCGGACAGUACCUGCGCUACCGCACUGACUCCAAGUGUGGCAGCCAGGUGCCACCUCUGCCAGAUGGUGAGGUCUGCAGGGUGAAGCGCAGCAAUAUGAUCGCUGAUGGCCUUAGCGGCCACAUGUUCCUUUGUGAAAACCAUAGCCUUGAACGGGGCACAGAAGGGAAAGAGAAACCAACACGACCGCCAUGGCUCUCAUCUUUCCGGCGCCAACAGGUCGAUCAGGAUGGCCUUCCUUCGCUGCUCGUCACGGUGGCGUUGCUCAGCGGCCGAAGUGCCACUGUUCGGGUGAAGAGCAACAGCUACGUGCACGAGCUGAGGCGCAAAGCAGAAGAUGAGCUCAAGGUUCCCUUGAAGUCUAUGGUCCAUGGGAGAGACAGCACCGUGUUGCGAAAUUCCUGGACCAUCGCAGCCCACCUCUCGGACGGCGACCUGGUGGCAGCCACCGUGGACAGCCAGCGACAAGUGCCCCGAGGGCCACGGCAUCUGCGCGCCUUCGUGUGUCUCAGGGAGGACGGUUCCCUGCAGCCCUGGGGUGACAGCCUCACCGGUGGCAGCUUACCGGCCUCGGUUUCCUCGCUGUCCUCGGUGUCCGUGAGGGCGGUGGUCGGCAGCCAUAGCGCCUUCGCGGCGCUGGUGGAUGGCAAAGUGGUCACCUGGGGCUCACCACAUGCGGGAGGAGACAGCGAAGCCGUGCAAGGUGAGUUGACAGAUGUGCGGGAUGUCUAUGCCACGCACUCCUCCUUUGCCGCAGUGAAGCAGGACGGAAGUGUGGUGACCUGGGGUGCAUGGUAUGCUGGAGGUGACAGCACUGCAGUGCGAGAUCAGUUGCAGGACGUCACGAAGAUUUUCAGUUCUUCCGUCGCCUUUGCUGCGCUCAAGAAGGACGGCUCAGUGGUGACCUGGGGCAUGCCUCGCGGCGGCGGCGACAGCCGAAAGGUCCAGGCACAGCUGUCGGAGGUGCUGGAGAUCUACUCCACGGACUAUGCCUUUGCGGCACUGACGCGAAGCCGCCGCGUGGUCUGCUGGGGCGAUACGGAGCACGGCGGCGAGGUGCCCAGUUCACUGGAAGAUAGCUUGGUCGACAUUCACCACCUCAGCAGCAACGAUGGCGCCUUCUGCGCCGUGACCUGCGAGGGUCGCAUGGUCUGCUGGGGGGAUCUGCCAGUGGUCGGGCAGCCCUGGGAGGAGCUGACACAGGUGGUGGAGGUCUUCGCCUGUGAGGGUUCAGUGGCUGCCCUGUGUGCGGAUGGCCAUGUGGUUUCAUGGGGCGCCUGUGACAGCAGCAAAAUCAAGGAUCAACUGACCGACGUGCAGCGGGUCUUUUCGUCGACCCUGGCCUUCGCAGCUCUAAAAGGUGACGGCUCAGUGGUCGCCUGGGGUCCGUGGUAUGCUGGUGGUGAUGCCAGCAACGUACAGGAUCAACUGGUGGAGGUUGGUGACAUCUGCUGCAGCCACAUGGCCUUCGCGGCCCUGCGCCGAGACGGCCGCGUCGUCGCCUGGGGAAGUCCCAAGCACGGCGGAGAUGCCUCCGAGGUGCAGGAGCAGCUCCGUGACGUCCAGCUGCUGCGUUCCACUGAGGCCGCCUUUGCGGCGCUGACGGCGGAGGGAACGGUGGUGGCCUGGGGCAUGGCAGGGGCUGGCGGCCACGUGCCGCAGAGGGUGAAGGAGCUGCGCAAUGUGCGCGAGAUUUGUUGA